AGGCAUUAAAGAAGGCAUCCUGCUGGCCCGGGGAACGACCGAAUUGGACUCCCCAACACCAAUGGAGCCCUCCAUCACGUUGGAAGUGCACGAGGAGGGGAGUAGUUCCGUGCUGUCUCUCCCUGUCGAGCCCCCAAAGGUCGGUUGGGAGUGCACGAGUUGUACGUUUAUCAACAAGCCCACUCGCCCCGGCUGCGAAAUGUGCUGCGCUGAACGGCCACUGGACUACGCCAUUCCGGAAGACUAUCAGCUGGACGCAGAGGAGCAGGAAUGGCUUCAAAGGGAAGAAGAGGCCACACGCCAGUAUGAGCAGGUGAAGGAACAACAGAAGCAGAGAAACUAUCAGCAACUCCUGCAGCGGGACAACCAGAAUUUGGUGCCUUCUGAAGAAGCUGUUGAGUGCCCAAUCUGCUUCGUGAACCUGGAGCCUGGAGAGGGGGUGACCCUGCGAGAAUGCCUCCAUUCCUUCUGCAAGGACUGCUUGAGAGGGACCAUCCUCAACAGCCCAGAACCGGAGGUCAAAUGCCCCUACAUUGACAACAACUACUCUUGUCCUUGGCAGUUGCUGGACCGUGAGAUCAAAGCGCUCCUAACGGAGGCUGAAUAUCAGCGCUUUCUGGACUUGGGCAUCUCCAUUGCUGAGAAUCGCAGCCGGUUCAGUUACCACUGCAAAACUACGGACUGUCGGGGUUGGUGCUUCUAUGAAGACGAUGUGAAUGAAUUCUCCUGCCCUGUAUGCCUCAAACUGAACUGCCUGGUGUGUCAGGCUAUUCAUGAAAACAUGAACUGCAAGGAAUACCAGGAUGAUCUCCGAAUACGAGCGCAGAAUGACCACGCUGCACAACAGACCACUGAAGUGUUGCUGAGACUGGUGAAGGAUGGGGAGGCCAUGUACUGCCCCACCUGCAGAAUCAUCGUCCAGAAGAAAGAUGGCUGUGACUGGAUCCGUUGCACUGUCUGCCACACAGAGAUUUGCUGGGUGACCAAAGGCCCACGCUGGGGACCAGCCGGCUCGGGUGACACCAGCGGGGGCUGCCGUUGCAAAGUAAAUGGGACCCCCUGUCAUCCGCAUUGUCAGAACUGCCACUGAUCCAAGGGCACAGAGACUCCUGACCGUUGGACUGUCCAUAGAGCCAGUUCGUGUGUGUGGGAGGACGGAGGCCUGGAGGGUGGCCAAGGUGAAUUCUGGACAAUUGGGCACAUCUUCUACAGUGCGAGCAGGAACUGUUGGAAUCGGGGCCCUUGGCUCUCAACGGGUCAAUCUCAGAGACCUCUCCUGCGUCAACCGAUGAGGUGACGGGGCCAAGUGGAAGGUGGCUCAGGGCUGGGUGCGGGGGACGUAUUCCUCACGCCCUCCUGCAUCUGUUGUGCACAGAGGCUUUGCUCGUUGGUUGGUUUCAGUUGAGAAGUUGCGCUGCCCUUUUCGUAGGGAGCAGCAGCAAUUUUAUUCUUCCCUUGCUCAUCUGCACAAACAGCAUUACGUUGUGCGUCCGUCAAGGUUUCAGGGUUGAUCUGUGUGACCUCACCAAAGCCACAGAUGCUCGUCACUUGCUGCAUUAAAACCAGACUUGCGGGUUAUGGUUGCAUUACAAAAUACGCUGACUUGGCAUAUGUUUCAUUUUUGCUUGCUUUACCUUAAGGAUAUUUAUAAGCCAAGAAGAUGUUGCUUCUUCUUUAGGUCACCCAGCUACAACAUAACUCCUGUCAUUUCAGACUGGAUCAGUGUCAGAUGGAGCUCUGUGGUUCUGUGGUCACCUCUCCUGGCACCCAAAUCUAGUUUCUGAAAUUUAAUGUAAGGUUGGCACAGAAUCUUUCCAGAGAAAGUGAGAAGUCUGCAGAAUGGAUCCUCAACAAGAUGUAUGUCAUGAUGUCCUAUGAGAUAUGAUAGCAAAAAUAGCAUAAGGAGGGCUGGGAAUUACUGUUGUGAAAUUGCUAAAAAGGUCCUUUUUUUCUUUUUUAAAUACACCAUUAUGUGAAUUAACUACUGGAAAUAGUACCAAGAGGUGUUAAAACGAUGGGGAGGAUGCAAUGAGAUACCAAUAGUUUUUCAAAUACUUUUGGGAAGCCUGGAGAACCAGAGACAAUCUGGAGCAAUGUUUCUCAACCUUGGCAACUUUAAGAGGUGUGGACUUCAACCCCCAGAAUUCCCCAGCCAGGUUUUCCUCCAGGGCUCAUCAUUCAGACCUCUUCCUUGGACCAAAAUCGACAUUUAAGAAUUAAAAAGAACAUCUGUCAUUUGUCUAAGGCAGAGUUUCUCAACCUUGCUGGCUGGGGAAUUCUGGGAGUUGAAAUUCACACCUCUUAAAGUUGCCAAGAUUGAGAAACACUGAUCUAGAGGGAUUUAGAAUGUUAUAUUAGCAUAUCUGUCUUAGACAACAUACCUGGAACAUACCUGGAAAAUUAAAAAGAGAAUUUAGGUGCAAGAAAGAUAUGUCACAUGAUGUCCUUUGGGGAACAUUGGACUUGAUUUUACUUAAUGUUUUUUUAGGUGUGUACAUUGAUAACAUUAUUUGAAAGAUAAAUAUUUCUGAUUUGGGAAGAUAAAGAUAUCCCAAAUUAUCUGUCCAUGAUGAUGAAAUGGAAUUUAUGCAGAAGUCAUUUUAGCUGUUUGUAAAAGCUCACCUUUCUUCUCUUUGCCUCCAAUAAGAUUACUAAGCAGCUAUGGUAUCAGAAGAACCUCAACAUUUUGGUAGACAUUCAUUAUUACCAUGAUUAUGUGAUUCCCUUUGAUCCAGUGCUUUGAUACUGCUAUGUUUGAUUCCGUACAAUAUUUGUGCUUUGUGACAAAAGUGUUAAGUUUGCCUCAGAAAAUGAUUAAAAGAUAAAUAACUUGCAUUUUCAACCCUCCAGGCGGUAAAUGGCAAAGGGAACUUUGAUGGUGUAUUUCAGAAUUCACAGAAAGAUUAAGCCAUGGCAUUUAUGCAAACCUUGGUUAGAUUUUGUGGCUGGGUAUGUUGGGUGAAUAACAGUCCUGUUUGAUUAAUUCAGGGCAUUGUGCAAUCAGCGAAGUAUCCCUUCGCUGGGUCUUCAUUUCGCGGUUUGCCAUUUCUUCCCAUAAAAGUCGUUUAUGCUUUGUUAUAAAUGUGACCUCACCCUACUUGUACUGAGGAGUGUGCGUGGUGCUGGUGGAGUGUCAAAGAGUCAAGAUAGCAAUUGCAACAGUAUGAUUGAAGCCCUUCCCCCUUUUGAUGGGGGAAUUGAUGAUUGAAGCUGUGUGUAAAUAAAGGGGGCAGGGCUUCCAUUGCAGCCACCAUCUUGCCUUUUUUGACCCCUUCUCCCAUUUGGAGAGUGAACUAACCAUUCCAUGCUAGCUGGUUGAAGGCUUGGUGCAACUUAAAU